GAGACUACAGGUCAUGAUCAGGUUUUACAUGACGACCUUCGACAGAUCAUUGAUGGACUACGAUUCUAUCAACACCGUGGAUCACAUGAUAUUAUUGCAUUACGUGUUGAAGAUGAGGUUCAUCUUCCAAGUGGAGAUAUCAAUCAGUAA